UCUAGUUUGGAGAGAGAGAAAGAGCCUCCAAGACGGACAAUAACAAACACCUCACCUCAAUACCGACUCCUCCACUUUGUUCAAGGGAUCUCGUUUGCUGUGCAGCUAGGUUGGUAACAGGAGCGUCACCAUGGCUCUCAUGAUCCUCCCCCUGAUUGGCUCGGUGUCUGUGUCUGAGACCCUGGUUGCCAUGAUCACCGUGUGUCUGAUCUACAUGCUCAUGAAGUUCCUCCACACCGACGUCCCGGAGGGGCUCCGCCGGCUCCCGGGCCCCAAGCCCCUCCCCAUCAUCGGGAACGUCCUGGAGCUGGGCGACCGGCCCUACCUGAGCCUCACGGCCAUGGCCCAGCGCUACGGGGACAUCUUCCAGAUCCAGAUCGGGAUGCGUCCGGUGGUGGUGCUCAGCGGCCACGAGACGGUGCGGCAGGCGCUCAUCAAGCAGGGCGACGACUUCGCCGGCCGCCCGGACCUCUACAGCUUCCAGUUCAUCAACGAAGGCAAGAGCCUGGCCUUCAGCACCGACCAGGCUGGCGUAUGGCGCGCCCGCCGCAAGCUGGCCAUGAGCGCCCUGCGCUCCUUCUCCACGCUGGAGGGCACCACGCCGGAGUACUCCUGCAUGCUGGAGGAGCACGUCUGCAAGGAGGGCGACUACCUCAUCAAGCAGCUGUCCAGCGUCAUGGUAGCCGACGGCAGCUUCGACCCCUUCCGCCACAUCGUGGUGUCCGUGGCCAACGUGAUCUGCGGCAUGUGCUUCGGCCGGCGCUACGGCCACGAGGACCAGGAGCUGCUGAGCCUGGUCAACCUCUCGGACGAGUUCGGGAAGGUGGUGGGCAGCGGCAACCCGGCCGACUUCAUCCCGCUGCUGCGCUUCCUCCCCAACGCCACCAUGAAGAGGUUCAUGGCCAUCAACGAACGCUUCGUGACCUUUGUGCAGAAGAUCGUCACCGACCACUACAACACUUAUGACAAGAACAACAUCCGGGACAUCACCGACUCCCUGAUCGACCACUGCGAGGACAGGAAGCUGGAUGAGAACUCCAACAUCCAGAUGUCAGACGAGAAGAUCGUGGGCAUUGUCAACGAUCUGUUCGGAGCCGGCUUCGACACGGUGAGCACGGCACUGUCCUGGUCCGUCAUGUACCUGGUGGCCCACCCCGAGAUGCAGGAGAGGCUUCACCAAGAGAUCAAGGACAAGGUGGGCCUGAGCCGGUCCCCCGUGCUCGCCGACAGAAACAACCUACCCGUCCUGGAGGCUUUUAUUUUUGAAAUCUUCCGUCACUCCUCCUUCCUGCCCUUCACCAUCCCUCACUGCGCCACAAAAGACACGUCUCUCGAUGGCUACUUCAUCCCCAAAGGCACCUGCGUCUUCAUCAACCAGUGGCAGAUCAACCACGACCCGGAGCUGUGGAAGGAACCGUCCACCUUCAACCCCGACCGCUUCCUGAGCGCCGACGGCUCGGAGCUGAACAAGCUGGCGGGGGAGAAGGUGAUGCUCUUCGGCAUGGGCAAGAGGCGCUGCAUCGGCGAGAUGGUGGCGCGCAACGAGGUCUUCCUCUUCCUUGCCAUCCUGGUGCAGAGGCUGACCUUCCACGCGGUGCCGGGCGAGCCGCUGGACAUGACGCCUGAGUACGGCCUCACCAUGAAGCACAAACGCUGCCACCUGCGCGCCACGCUGCGGAGCACGGAGUGAAGCCCGCGCCCCGCUAGCUAAAGACACCGUACACGUACUGUCUGCUAUAUCCGCAGCCUCCGCGUAUGAGGCUGUGUUGUCUGUAUAGGUGGAGCCUGGAGUCAGCCUUCUUGACCUCCGAUUCAUGCCAGUCUUUCUCCGAGAGGUCAAGGCUCUGCUCUCUGAAGUUGUCCUGCUGAGGCGAUGGCGAUGGAGGGAUAAUCUCUGGAGGCCUUCGGCCGGCAGAGCCCCGAGGUUUUGGACUUGCAAAGUUAUGUUUUUUUGUCAUUUGAGAAGUAAUUUAUUUUGUACAAUGUUGGUCGUUACUUUCCCCCUAAAGUACGUCCCUCUAUUCUGGGGGACUGGUUGCAACUUUGGCUCUCAAAGCUGACCUGCUGUAGGUCAGACCGUCUUGGAUGAUGGCUCUCAACCCUUUCCCAGAGGCGAAUAUCCUGUUCUCUAGGACUGAGGAGACAACCUCUCAAUCAUAGCAGUUGGACGACAUUGGCUGAGUCUCCUGCUUUGAUCUUGUUGUGCUUUGGGUUUAAAGGCCUAAUAUCUGCUUCCAUCCUUGUCGUCAUCAUCAGUUCAUUAACCUCAAAGUCCUUUCCAGGUGAUCACAGAACUAUAAACUAAACUGCUGAACAGAAACUUGCUUUAUAGCAAUUGUUUUUUUUUUCCGACUUUUAAGCUAUUUUUGUAUUUUACAUAU